CGUAUUAUCGUAUUAUGGCGAGAAAGACUCUCAGAAUGUUUUGCCAAUUGCUUUGGGUGUGGGAUUGAAUUUGAUAAGGUGGUGUUGGCGAGGGAGACGUGAAUGGUGUACAAAAGGCCCAAUUAAAAGACUCAUCUAUAGGGUUCUUAAUGAUUUGUAAUUCGUGCUUGUAUCAGCAGUGUCUUCACUGGGACUCAACUAAGUUGAAGUUCAUCAACGUGUUUGUGACUGACAAAGUUAAUGUUCAUACCAGUAGCCUACUUACGGCUUAUGCUUUUCUGUAUGUUUAUGUAGUAUCAGAAAAUGGCUGAACACAUGCGAUCUGAACACAGCAAAGAGAAGCUUUACUUACCUACAACUUCAGAAGACCCUACAACAGAAGCAAACAAUGAGGAAAACGGCUCAGCAAAAACCACUGUCGUAGAAGAGGCACCUUCAGGUAAAAAGAAAAAGAAGAAAAAGAAGAAAACGCAGAAAGUGCAAGCUAGCAAUGCAAACGAUGAUGAUGCGGAUGCCAGUACAGCUCUUGUCAACGAAGAAAGUCAGAACAGAACGUCAGAGGAAAAUACUCCGACAGCAAGCAGUUCAAGAGACAAAGACGAAGACGAACCAAACAUGGAUGGCGAUGAAGAAGAGGUCACCGAUGUCGAGGACCAAGUUGAUUGGUUUCAACCGGAAUCAGUACUCGGAGGAGGUGAUAACGUACAGAGUUCCUCUUCACUUUUUGAGCUGGAAAGUGAUAAGUCAUCUGCUCAUGAAAACUCUUACGACGAAUUGGAAGUUUCAGGACUUGCAAGAGAUGAUGACUCAGAGAGUUCCUCUUCACUUUUUGAAGUGGAAAAUGAUGAGCUAUUUGAUCUUGAAAACUUGUGCGACGAAUUGGAAAUGGGAUUGGAAGUGUCAGGAGAACAGGAAGAGCUUUUUUCCCGUGAUCGAGAUACAGCAGAAAAUAGUUUUCUCUUCAUACUUGACGAACUGUUGUUGGAUAUCUUAAAAGCCUCCGGUAAACAGUCGAUGACAGUUGAAGAAAUGGAGAACUUAUUUAAAGAAAGAACAGGUUGCAGUUUCAGCACUCUACAUGACAUUGUCAAGGAAACUGAAUACGGAUCACAUGGCAUCGAAGAGUUCAUUGAUAACGACUCCAAAAUUUUUCAGGUGGACCUUGAAUUGGUCGUGGGGGCCGGUUUUACUAUCUCUCCACAUGAAGUACAACACCGUGACCUUGAUCUUUCGAACACACGCAUAACAUCUUGUCAGGAUCUAGUUGCAGAGUGUUUGCAAGCAAGGAAUGCUUCCACAGCCGUUCUCAGAAGGAGUACCAUCAUUGACGAUACGGUGACGACGUGGCGUUUCGGAGUACUGGAUAUCCUUUGCUGGUUUUGUCCUGAACUUCGCCAUGUGGACUUAACGGGCUGCGUAGAUUUGUUCGGGAACAAUCUCACGAACAUAAGUAAUUACCAAUCCAAGGUUAAAGUAAUUGAUUAUCUAGAUCCUUCGUUUAUUUUGAACUGUACAGAUGCUGUUGCAAAAAUCCGAGAACUUCUGGCCAGCAAUUCAAUUUCACCUUAUACUAAUUGUCAUGGCUGGUCUCCUCUGCAUUCCGCUACACUCCUUGGGGACAAAGAGAUGGUAAAACAGCUGCUUGCAUACAAAGAAAUUGGUGAUGGCAACAACAUCUACAAUGACUUUCUUCAAACUUCGCUAGAGUUGGCCAUUGUACUGCACCGCAUUGAAAUUGCAGAGCUGUUUAGAAGCGAAAGCAACCUGUUCAUAAGUCCCUCACGCCUGAUUCAACUUCUCAUCCUGCCAAAAAGUGGUUUAAAGAAUUUUGACCACCCUAUAGAAGCUCUAACGUCUAACAAAGAUGUACUGCAGAAGGUGAGGAACUCACACAAAGCACAAGUUUGCAAUCUGAUGGCGCUUCUGCGAACAUUUUAUGAAAACAACGACAAUGUCUUUAAGAAGGAACUUCUGGAAGGUCUUUUGCAGAAAUUGCCAGAGUGUACGGAACGAGGCGUUCUUUUAGCUUUUCCUUGCUGGGACGAGAACGUAAUUCGCCAGGCAGUGCAAAUUUUGAUGGAAGAAACCCAGUGUCCAGCUAACGGAAGAAUUGGUGGUUAUCCAUACCUCAUGUUUUCCAUGCCAAGUAUACAGAUGGCGGCAUUAUUAAUGCAAGAGGGAGCCAAAAUUGACGAAAAAGAUCAGUUAGGUUGUACUGGCCUCUUCCACGCGGUAGAAAAAGCUCUUAUGAGCGCCUCACCACAGAACUGGAAUGAAUUCAUUAACUUCCUGCUCUGCAGCAAUGCUAACCCAAACGCUAGAAAUGAUCGUAGUGAAACUCCACUUUUAUUUAGUUUGUCAUCGCAGUUUCAGUCUUGUGAAUUCUGUUCCAAGGUGAUGUGUCAUGACUUACUUCCCUCGACGUCUACGCUUCACAAUGGGACCCAAGCUAUAGAAGUCUGGCGUCUUCUUUUGGACGCUAAAGCAAGGGCAAACGCCAAAGACGAAAUGGACAGAUCGCUCCUUCAUUUGCUCUUCAAGUUUUUGAAAGACGGAGACUCAGUCCAGGCUCCAAAAUGUCUUGCCAUGGUUUGUGAAGGUCUCCACUUCUUGCAGAAAAGUGGAUUUGAAAUCAACUCUAGAGAUGCCGAGGGGAACACUGCCCUACAUCUAUGGGCAAGCUUGCCGAGCGAGGCAGUCAGUGCCGAGGCAGUUGCAAUUGGUAAGCAAAUCAUCUCUUGCGGAGGAGCUGUCAAUGCAAGAAACGACAAAGGCAAAACUCCACUGCAUCUUGCACGGUGUUGGGAACAGGUGGAGGUCUUGGUGGAAAGAGGCGCACAGUUAAAUGUGCAAGACCUUAAUGGAGAAACACCCUUUCAUAAGUUCAUUGGAGAAGGUUCCCUAAUUGGAGAUGACGUCGAGGAAAAUCAUUGGAAGAACUUCCUUGCUUUGCAAAUGGAUCCUUGGUGCGUAAGCAAUGACGGAAAAUGCCCAUUUAAAGUCCUUUUAGAGGAAGAGUUUUUUGAAAGUGCUUUUAAUCUCCUGAAGGUAAUUUUUGAAGACGACCGUUAUAGAACCUUGGCCGAAUCUGCAAGGUGUUACAAAGAUCUGAAAGGAGACUCACUUCUACAUAUCCUGUGCAUUCAAGACAACGAAAGUGCCCUUUCGAUCUGUGAGUAUUUGCUGCAAAAGGGAUGUGACGUUGAUGUUCAAAACGAGUGUAAGGAAACACCAUUGCAUAAGAUAUGCCGUACGGCAGGACGAAGUGGCUUCUUGACUUCCAAGCACAUUGAAAAUUGCAUUCGUCUUCUCCGGAGGUACCAUGCUGAUGUGAACUUACUUGAUGUCAAUGGAGACUCAUGUAAGGCGUUUCUCAAUGGGAAUGAGUGCCUGCAGAAACUUAUUGAUGAAGACAUCGAAAAGGUAAACAUUCCCAGCAAAAUAAAAUGGUUUCAGCGAUCGGUCAAGCAUAAUGCUGUCUUGUCCCAAGUUGUGCGGGGCACGAAGUUUCGGAAAGUGGAAAAUUAUUACCACCACGAGAAUCCAAUCGGAGAAGGUUCAUUUUCGGUCGUUUUUCCUGGUGUGAAUGGCAAAGAUGGCAGAGAAGUAGCCCUAAAACGCCUGGAAAAGGUACGUUUAGUGGAGAAAGGUGUUGUGCUUGAAAGAGAGGUCAGGUGCUUGCAAGAGUUAUCGAAUUGCCCUAUGGUGAUCAAUUACAUCACUUGCACUAGUGAUGCUAAUUUUGAGUACAUAGUUGUAGAACUCAUGGAAGGUUCUUUAGAUGCGUAUCUCCGUUGUGAUCAAGAAUGCGAGGAGGCGUUUACCAUCUGUCUAAGCAUUGCCUCUGGCAUAGAGUUUUUACAUAAGAAAGGUGUUCUCCACAGGGAUUUGAAACCACAAAACAUUUUGUAUAAAACGAAUCCAAGUUUUUCCGUUAAAAUUAGUGAUUUUGGGCUCAGUAAGAUCCUGCAGACAUCCAAAACUAGAGGGGGAAGCCAGUCUGUGAUGCACUCCAAAGCUGGAACAAGGUGUUGGAUGGCCCCUGAACUUUUGGGAAAGGCUCCUCAGAACCAUAGCGAAGCCUCUGAUAUUUUCAGCUGCGGUCUCCUUUUCCACUAUGUCCUGUCGAAGAAGAAGCAUCCCUUCAACUUAACUUCUGGUGGGGCAUUUAUGAAAAAUCCUCAACAAACAGAAAAGAAUAUUUUAAAGAACAAAAGAUGCUUCUGUCCCUCUCUUUCACCAGAAGCUUCUGAUCUUCUCAAAAACAUGCUUUCACCAGAGUCAAAGAAACGACCGGCAGCGGCUUCCCUACAGCAUUUUCCUUUCUUUUGGGAUGAUCGUAAGAAGGUUGAAUUCCUCAAAUUAGUGGGAAGUCAACUGGAAUUCGAAGAGCCCAGGCAAAAACUCACCCGCCAAUUGAGCGAUGUAGAAAAGAAGCUGGAAAGUUUUUACUCCAAAAAGCGUGCCUGGGUGACUAAUGGUUGGGACACUGUAAUCAAGGAAAUAUACGACGAUGUUACAACCCUUUUCGCUUCUGUUAGCCGGCGGGGCCUUGGCCCGAGAAUAAUACGAGAAGCGAAAAGGGCUAUGGAGGCGAGAGUGGAGUAUCUAGAACCACCUUUUCCUCAUGCCAACGCCCUGUCGGCUAAAAGGAACACUGGGGACGAGAACGUUCCCAGUCUCUGA